AUCCGAUAAAAAAUAUUAUAUGCCAAUAAAAAUUAUUAUAUACGAAUAAAAAUAAUAAUAAUAAUAACAACAAUAAUAACUUUACAACUCAUUGUUUAUUUAAUAGAUAAUAGAUAAUAGAUAAUAAAUAAUAAAUAAUAAAUAAUUAAUUAAAUAAUGAAAAAAAAAUUUGUUGGUAUAAUAAUUAUUAUUAUAUUUAUAUUUUUCUUUUCAAUCAAUAGCCAUAAAUUAAAGGUUAUAAAUGGCACCAACGGAGGUGGGCUAUCAGAGGAUGGCAGUUCACAUUUAUUCCAAUAUGGGGAAGAUAUACAGUUUUAUUACAAUUAUAUAACACCAUAUGACAACCCACAGCAGUUAUACUCUUUAGAAAAAUUACAACUUUGCCUAACGGAUGGAAAUCAAAUUAUAGGUCAACAUAAAAAACAACUAUCGUUUAUACUAUCAUUUUUAGAUAAGCAACUAAUUGAUAGCUCGAUACCAAUAAUGUUUGCAAAAAAUUUUAAUGAAACUUUAAUAUGCAAUAAUAAAAUUACAAAAACAAAUAAAAAGGUUAUAUUGGACUCAAUUAAACAGGACUAUAUAUUAAAGGUUUAUAUCGAUAAUAUUCCAUCAUUCCUUAAAAUUGGUAGAGUAAUUAAUGAGUGCAAAUAUAGUAACCAUCAUGAUCCUAAAACCGCCACAGAUUGUAAAAAGAGUUAUUAUAUAAAUACAUAUUAUAAAAUAUCACUACAUUAUAAUAAAAAUAGAUUAAUUAAUGUUGAUAUAAAUCCAUUAAAACCAGUUUUAAUUGAUGAAAAUGAUGAUAAAGAUAUCAAUUUUAAAUUUACUUAUAGCAUCGAAUGGUACACAACCGAAGAAUCAUCAAAUUCAAGACUAACAAGACACGCCUCACAAAUUUCACUAUAUACAAUGAUCAUUUCAAUUGUAAAUUCAGCAGUCAUUUCAAUUAUAUGGAUAUUAAUACUGGGUUAUAUAUAUUAUGAAUUUAAUAAAAAUAGAUUUAAUGCAAUGAAAACUCGUAUUUAUAAUAGUGGUAAUAGUAAUAAUAAUAACAAUAAUAAUACAGCUAAUAAUAACGAAGUUACUUAUGAUUAUAACAAUGACGAAUAUGACCAUAAUGAUAUAGAAUCUUCAAUUGGUAAUAACUCAGAACAAAAACCUUACCGUCAGCACCAAGCCUCUUCACCAACAUCAAUAUCGAAAUACACCACAAUUACAGAUAAAAAAUAUAAUAAUAUGGGAUUUGGGCCAAAAAUAUCAAAAUAUAAUUUAAUAAAACCUAUCAAAUAUUCAGAUUUAUUUAUUUCUCUAAUUAGCUUGGGCGUCCAAUUAUUUUCAAUUUUUAUAUUGGCUAUAAUAUUACUUGUAUGGAAAUCGAAAACACUAUCAAGUAAAACUUUAUUAGACUCGGCUAUAAUACUUUAUCCCAUCUCUUCGAUCCUUGGUGGCUAUGUUUCUAGUUUUAUGUUUUUAAAUAGUAGUUCGAGCAGCGGCAGUAAUAACAAUAACGACACAAUUAGUAAUAAUAGCAGUAGUAAUAUCUUUAGCAAUUCAACCGAGAAUUGGAUUAAGACAUGUAUUUAUUCAAGUUACUUUAUACCAACAGUCGUUUCAACAAUUAUUAUAUUCACAAAGAUUGUUAUUAGCUUUUCAAGCGAUUUCGAUAGCGUCAAUGGUUUGUCAAUUGUAGCUUGGGGAAAACUAUCAACAGCAAUAAUAACACUUUUUUUCUUAGGAUCACCUUUAUCAAUGCUAUCGUUUUAUUUAAAUAUUAGAAAAAGCAAAAAGAAUAACAAUAACAAUAAUGAUAGUUUAUCAAGCUCCUCACCAUUGUUUUUAGAAUUAAUAAUUAGCAUUUCAAAUGCAACAUCAUUUUCAACACAAACUUUUUUAAACAAUGCUGUAAAGAGAUAUUCAUUUUUCUAUAAUAACUAUCUAUUGGUUUUGAUCUGUGGUAUUUUCCCAUUUUCAAUUAUUUACACAUUUGGUCAAUCAGUGAUGAAGUAUCUAUUCACCAGGGGUUAUUUGGUUAUCAACAGAUGGUAUUCGACCGAACUACUAGCAUUCUUUUUCGUGUUACUUAUUUGUAAUAUUUUAUUCUCAUUCAUAAUAAUCAACUAUGGAAAGGAUCAUCAGUGGCAAUGGUGGUCAUUCUUUUCAUCCUUUUCCAUCUCGAUCUAUAUAAUGGCCCACUUCUUAUUGUACCGUUAUCAAGAAACCCAAUUCACUGGAUUCAUUCAAAUCUAUUUCUUCUAUCUUUAUAGUAUAAUAAUAUCAUCAUUAUUUGGUGUAAUGUGUGGUACCAUCGGUUAUUUAACUUCAAAUUAUUAUAUUGGUAAAUUGUUUUUAAAUAAAUAGUAAAAUAAUUUUUGUAUAUAGGUUUUAUUUAUUUAUUUUAAAUUAACACAUUCAUUUUUUAUAUUUAAUUAAAAUAAUAAAAAAAUAAUAAUAAUAAUAAUAAAAAUAAAAGAAAAAUCCAAAAAAAGUAAUAUUUUUAUUUAUUUU